CAGCAUGGAAAUAAUCAGCCAAUCAGAGGAGGAGGAACACUAUCGAGGACCAAUCCGCCGACACAGAAGCCGCCUAGCCCGCCGCCCAUAACAGGGCCGAUAUCGGGACGUGGCACUCUAGGGUAAGAUGUCCUUUUUUUAUUUUUAUGAAUGAAUCACUUUUUAUCUCAACUAUUAAUUGAGCCAACAUGUUAGAAGGCAGGGCAUUUGGAAUCCUAGCCGGUGCACAAAGUUAGUCACGUCCUGAUAUUUUAUAUAAAGUAACAGUGUAUCACUAAGCAGGCACUAAUUCUGGGCUUUAGUCACUGCUGUGGAACAUCCAGCUGAAUAGAUAAGUUGGAUUUGAAAUGGUCCUGUGCAGAUUUUCACUGACUGUUACUGUAUAGAGCAUUUCAGUUUGUUGAGGCCAUGGUCAUUUAAAGGUUGUGGGAAAGGUUACUAUGUUGUUGGUAUGCUGUGCAUGUACAUUUACACGUGGGGUUGGGCGCCAAUGUACAUCGUGGCCAGGGGCGGACUGGGAACACACCGGUCCAUUUUAUUCCUUGAGGCCUCCACACCGGCCCAUUUCUGUUUUUCCUUGAGGCCCCUAUUAUGAGCCAGAUAAAUAUUAUUUUGUGCAAAAACCCCAAGGUAGACAGGCCCACUGGGGCUAGAAAUAGACCAGUCCAUCUGGCAUUUGCCAGGAAUGCCAGAUGUCCAGUCCGCCCCUGAUCGUGCAUUGCAUUCUAUUGCAUUCCAACUAAACUUUCACAUUUUAGGAGGUAACUUCCUUUUAUUAAUAAAAAAUGAAAAGCUGAAGUCAAUAAGUAUAAGUAUUCAACCCCUUUGUUAUGGCAAGCCUAAAUAAGUGCAGGAGUAAAAAUGUGCUUAAAGUCACAUAAGUUGAAUAGACUCACUCUGUGUGCAAUAAUCGUGUUUAACAUGAUUUGUGAAUGACUACCUCAUCUCUGUACCCCAACCAUACAAUUAUCUGUAAGGUCCCUCAGUCUAAUAGUGAAUUUCAAACACACAUUCAACCACAAAUACCAGGGAGGUUUUCCAAUGCCUCACAAAGAAGGGCACCUAUUUGUUAGAUAAACAUUUCUAAAAAAUGUUUUUAAAACGUACAUGUAAAAUUGAAUGGACCCCUGAUUCUCAUGCAUUAUGAUUCAUUCUGGUCUUAUUCUCCUUUUAUCUCCUCCUUUCUGUCUUUGGUUGACUUUGACAGACGCAACACGCCCUAUAAAACUCUAGAGCCGGUGAGACCGCCCACAGUGCCCAACGACUACAUGACCAGCCCUGCUCGACUAGGCAGCCAGCACAGCCCUGGACGCACUGCAUCGCUCAACCAGAGACAAAGAACCCACAGGUAACUAACAUGCACACUAGGGAGGCAGGUAGCCUAGUGGUUAAGAGAGUUUGGCCAGUAACCGAAAGGUCGCUGGUUCGAAUCCCUGAUCCGACUAGGUGAAAAAUCUGUCUGUGCCCUUGAGCAAGGCACUUAAUUCUAAUUGCUCCUGUAAGUCAUUCUGGAUAAGAGCGUCUGCUAAAUGACAAAAAUGUAAAAAUGUGACGAUACCAGUAUCGCAAUAUAUUUUUUUUACACGAAGCAGACCAAACUCUUUGGUCCUUUAAAACCUGCUGUAUGUAAAAUAUUGUGUGCUAUAGCUUGGAAAAUAAAUAAUGUUUGUUUCCGACAUUAGGGCUGUUUUCCUGAAGAAGUUAAAUCCACUUUGUGUUUAAUUGCCACGAUACUAACCAGUAUCACGGUACUGGUAUCGUCCCGGCCCUAAUGCACACGCACACGCACACACACGCACACAGACACACACCUGCAUGCAGACAGAUGGAUAGACACACACACUAUUGUGUUCUUCAUUAUUGUCCUACUCAACAGCUCUAAAUGUCUCUCCCACAGCCUCUGUGUGCUAACAUGGAUAUGACAAAAGGAACCCUCCCCAAAUAAUUUGUAUCCCCUAUGUCUUACAAAUAUUUAUAAUCUCUUCACUUUAGUUUAUCAGUUUAAUGUGCUUUCACACCUCCCUCUCCCAAAUACUGUAAAUCCAACAUUCAACUGACAAGACCUGGAAGGCUUCAGACAUUUGCGAAUGAAUGUUCCUCAAAGCCUGCGGUGUAAAGUGUCCUUCGAAAUCCUAAGUCCUCUGUACAUUUAGACCCCUGCCACGAUUAGCUGAAAUGUGUCAGUCAGAAAGCCACGCUGUGAGAGCUGAGAUAUGAGUUACGAGUGAUUUUAAAGUUGCUUCAUUAGUUAAGAAGGCUGUGCUGCUGACUGAAAUGGUCAUAAAUAUUACAUCACUUUUCUUUUUUUCUCCUCUUCCUCUAUCAUUUUGGCACACGCUACUCCCGUUCCCUUACUUUGCUAUUUUCUCUCCUCUUUGUUCUUUCUCUCUUUUGCUUGUUCCCACUCUCCCUCUCUCCCAUUGAGUCAUGGGAGAGUGCAUCUUCAGCAGGUAGCCAGGUUUGCCCUGUUUUAGAUGAGUAGAUGUGGACGCAGGUGGUGCUGCAUACUAAAUUAGGAACCAUCAUUUGAUAUGGUUAUAAAAUGCUUUAGUCUCAUUUGACAUGUUAUCACACAUCAAUACUGCAGGACAAAUAGUUCACGAAAUAUCAUACAUAUGUACAAUAAAUUGUGUUCAAUACAACACACCAAGACUGCCAGUAAGACUGCUGCUUUUUGUCCUUGCCCGUCUAUCAGCAACCAAUGAAGGUCUUUCAAACCAGGUGAUUUCACCUUAACUUUAAUUGCUCAAACAAUAUCAGACUUUUACGGUUAUGGAGGAGCAUAAACUCAAUCAACCUCGGUUAAGGGUUAUGGAGCAGCAAAACGAACAUACUGCAGCCUUCUAGGUUGGGAGUUGUGCACCACUGCAGUACAUUCAAAAACCUGGAUCCUUGUGUAAUCUCAUCCGAAGUGAUAUAGAGCAACCACUGGUGUACUCAUCCUCUCCCUGACCUGGAACUGUUCAGACCCAGAGACAGACUGUGUGUUGCUGUUCUGUCCUAUCUGCUCUCUUAAUACCUCCCACACACAGACACACACUCACUCACUCAGCUCAUCAGUCUCUGCCAUCUGUACCUGCCUGAGCCCUGAUUCAAUAAGUGUGUAUGUGUGCGCCUGCAUGGUGGGAGUCAAGCUUUCACCAACUCUGUGUUGUGGUGGUCUGAUUUAUAUGAAAUUUGAUCACUAGCGAUGUGGUUGGGCUAGAGACCGAAACGAGAGGCUGAGAGACAGACGAGCGUAGGAUGGAACUAGAGAUGGAGCACUAUAGACGAGGGAGAGAGAGAAGAUUGAGAAAGAGGUGAUUUAAUUUCAGCUACUGAAAGGGAUGGCAAGACAGAACUAACAGUGAAAGGCAGACAGGCUGGGAGAUGUGCAUUCUUAUCUCACAUAAACCCCUCUAUCUUCCCCUUUUCUCAGCCUCACUGGAUUUCAUAGUCAUAGUAGACCCCUGACUCCUCCCCUCCCAUCCUUCUAGGUGGAACUGAGCCCCUGUAAUGUGAUUCACGGUGACGGGACCCCCUGCUGCCAGCCCCCCCAAAGAAGCCCAGGCUAGACUGGCAGGGAAGGGUAGGGAGCAGGAUCUGGGCCAGGGUUGAAGAGAUGGAGGGAUGGAGGGAGGAAGGUGGGUGGGGGGCGGGAUUACUAGCCAGACCAUUGAUCUGACAGCCUCCAGGUCAGCUGCAGGGCAAGACAGGGCUUAUCGGCUGGCUUUGACAUAAUGCAUCUCCUAUGGUAUACACUGAGUGUACAAAACAUUAAGGACACCCUUUCCAUGACAUAGACUGACCAGGUGAAUCCAGGCGAAAGCUAUGAUCCCUUAUUGAUGUCACUUGUUGUGCGUGCAACUCAAUAUUAGGAAGGUGUCCUUAAUGUUUUGUACUCACUGUAGAUGUACUGUAUUGACCACAAUAUAUCUGCUGUAUGUAAUGUCAAUCUGAAAUUCUUGAUAAAUGUAAAUAUGUCCUCCAAACAGAUUUUGAUAAACGCAAUAUAAAUGGUGUAGUAGUACUGAAGGGCUUUUUCAUGGUAUGAUAUUUUUUUAAAAGCUUUCUCUUUCCCUGUGACUGAACGGUUGCCGUGUAGAAUUUUAAAUAGGACAUGGGCAUACGUGCAUACCGGCUGUCGCCUCUGCGGGUUGCCCUGAAUACAUUUUAUAUUCUCUCUCUCUUUCUCCCUUUCUCUCUCCCUCUCUCUCUCUCUCUCCCUCUCUCUAGUGGUAGCAGUGGGGGUAGUGGCAGCAGGGAGAACAGCGGGAGCAGCAGUAUUGGCAUUCCCAUCGCUGUGCCUACGCCCUCCAUUCCUAACUCUGGACCAGGUGAGCGGGAGUUAACUGUACUGUAUAGGAACACGGGGUCAAGUAUGCUGUGGAUGUUGGAAUCUUGAUGUGUUAUCUCUCCUAAGCCACCAUCUUCUCUCGCUCACUCUCUCUCUCUCUCUCUCUGUGUGUCUACCUGUGUGUAUGCAUUGUGACUACACCAGAAACAUUCAUUCAUAAACACAUAUACUACUCUCUCAUUGAAAAUCCAUAUCAUGAAGUCAAGUGUGUACUAGCACAGACAGAAAAUGCACAGAACACAUACACUCACAUCACACAAGGGGAAAAUAUAAACUAAGUGUAAAUGAGUUGUGCUGCUGGAGGACUGAGUGAGUGAGAGGGGUUAUUUAGAACAAAGCUAAUCUUACCAGACAGACUGCUCAUAAAGACCUAUUGUGUUCUGAGAUUCUCUCUCUCUCUCUCUCUCGCUGUGUAAACAGGCCAUCCUGUAUUAGGGUGGCUCAAUGGUAAAGAGCAUAGAAAACGACCGGUUGUUUUCUAGUUGGAAAUGGAACAUGGAGUUUAGAAGUGUGAGAUGAGGUGUCCUUUUGGCCUGUUGAGGUAGAGCAAGGAGAUGGAGAGAGAGAGAGGAGCUGGAUAUUAGUGACAGGAUAUCAGGCCAGCAAGACUAGAGUUGUCUGUAAGCCUGUCGCCAUGGUAACCCUCAAUCCAUACUAUAUAACCACAGCAGUGUGUGUGUCUCUAACCUUCUCUUUCUUCCAAAGGGGUUGUUGUAUGAAAAUUAAUGUGUUAAUUGUAUGUAAAAGUGUUGUAAAAUGGUACCUAACACCAACAUUGCCAACCAGCUUGAACCCCCAAUCAGUCACUAACGGAGCGGUUCUGACGCACUUGUUUCAGUCCCGCCAAUGUCCGCUCCCCCCGGAGCCCCUCCCCCACCCCCUCCUCCACUUCCUGGUCCUCAGGCUCCUCCACCUCCUCCUCUCCCGGGGCACAGCACGCCAGGGGCCCGAGUGGCUCCUGCAGUGAUAGGUGAGCCCAAAGAACCACAAACCACUAUACUGUACCGCCACCAAUGGACAAUCAUCGAACCACCUCCUCUCUGGCUUUCCUGGCUGUCACUAUGGGAGGGUGUACAGGUGUGAGAAAGUGCGCAUGGUUUGUGUGUGUACCUCUUCCAGCCUGGUGUUUUAACCAUGGGUCAAUCCGGUGGUGGUGGUGGUGGUGGUGGUGGUGCUUGGGUUCUUGUUCUCUAUCUGCAUCCAGGUUAUGUCCCAAAUGGGACACAGCCCCAGACAGUGCACUGAAGAAGUCUCUAAUGGAACAAUGUUCUCUUCAGGCCCUAGGCCCCAGAAGCCAGUACGCAUUCAAUUUGGACAUUUCCAUGCAGCCCCCGGGCUAUAUUUGAUUAAAUUACCAACCCCUAUUUACUUUGUUCAAUUGAUUUUACAAAGUUCAAAAUGACCACACAGAUAUAUUUACAAAUCUUCCAAAUGCCAGUUCCAAAACACUUUGAUAAGGGAACAGGGAAGAGACUUCUUCUGAACAGGUGCUAAUCAACCAAUGACCAGCUGCAUUGAAAUUAUGUAUGUGUGGUUGAUUUGACUCAAUGUCUCGGGUCAUAAUAUGAAGUCCGUUAAAUCGGCUUGUAUCUGUUCCAUUGUGGUGGUGUGUGUCUUAUGGGACUGUUGGGUUUUCCAAAGCAGUGUGUGAAGGGUUUGAUUUGAUUGAUUGUCAUAGCUUUAAUGUACAGGGACUGUAUGUAUCAAGUGUCUCAGAGUAGGAGUGCUGAUAUAGGAUCAGGUUAGCCUUUUUUUUAUCAUAAUGAAUAAGAUUAUAUGGACAAAAGGGACCUGAUCCCAGAUCAGCACUCCUACUCCGAGAUGCUUUGUGAAUAUGGACCUUCGUCUUCAUGUAUGGCUGUAUGGGUUUUUGGAUGUACUAUCAAUGUGCAAUGUUACAGAUUGUGUCUUAUGGUUGAGUGAUGUGACUGUCAGGGAUGCAGCAAUGUUACAACAUGUCGUGACAACCAACAUACCAAUUAUGACAACUGACAUAACCCUGCUAUGAGCCUGUGCUAUCAUUCAAGAUGGCCGCUACAACAACAACAAACUGCUACAAAUCGAGAAAUAAACUAUUUUUUCCUCAGGUCAUCAAACAACAGUAGAAUUGUGGGGUCCAUACUUAUUAACUCUUUCCUCAGGUCUAAACCAUAUGGUAACGGUUAGCUUUUCCCAUUGGAAAACAUGUCACAAUUAGUCGGCUUGCUACCACAAGUCACUUAUGGUUUAUUUUCUUGUAACUGGGCGUAGAGACCAAGGGUCAGUCAAAGGGACAUUCUGGACAUGUUUUCAUCUAUAUGUUUACUCCAUGGCCUGUUCCCCUGAGUCCAAACUUGUUCCGGUUCCACCCAUCAAUAUCUGAGAGGAGGGCUUCUCCAGAGAGCUACUGUGAUCAUUCUACACUCACACUCACAUACACACUCACUCACCAGUAUCUGAGAGGAGAGCUUCUCCAGAGAGCUACUGUUAUCUGACCCAGUCAACAGGAAAUAUCCAACUAGAGGAAAACACAUUCUACACACACACACACUUUCAUAUUUACUGCACACUCACUCAUCCACACACACGCACUCCCUCAUUGAAAUAUGUUUGACGACACAAUCAUGAAAUAUGUUUAACUGCUGUAGUAAUAUUUAUUGUUGUGAAAAUGCUGACGUGUGACAAAUGGCAGGCUUCUAGAAAACCAAAUGGAUUGGUUGUAGUCGGUGUAAAUUAAAUCUAUACUGAAAUUUGAACACUGUGCCGCAAACCUUGUGUAUGCUUAAAAUGUGUGUACUUCUGAAAACUUCCUCAUACCGUAUAACUAAAUCUACCUGUGACGUGUCUAUCUAGUGCACAUUUUUAUAUCAUCCAAAAAGUCCUGCAAUUUCAUUUGAAUAAGGCAAAGAACGUGUGUCACUGUGUAAAUACUGCAAUGCAGGUUCAAUUGCAUUGAGCCCAAAACCCAUUUACAGUGGAGUGACAGAACGCCCCAGGGGAAGCCUAAGGAGCUAUCCCCUUUUAACUGCCUCCUUCUAGCCUCAAAUCAUGUCUUCUAUUCUCCCCUGCCUCUUUUACAAAACAAAUGUACAUUGGUGCACAAGUAAUCAUGAUUAUAUCAAGCAUGCUUUUAGGGUAGAGGUUUUGUGAUUGUAGCCAAUGAUAGAUGGAAGUAAACAUUUUUGCACUAAAGGAACACAUCCAGGCAUAAAUCAACAGUGGAGCACUCCUCAUGACUCCUUUACAUUAUGACUUCUCCAUCAGGAUUGGCUGUGGUGUUGCCUGUCCCUCCCCCUUCCCUCUUCUGGGUCUCUGUGAUUGGUGGUGAUGCAGGUGGUUCAGUUGCUUUGGGGAUCCAAUGAUUGCUCUGUCGAUUUUGGGUCUACUCUGUUAUUGGGUGUCGCUGAUUCAUUUGCUGGGUUCUCUCUCCCUCUUUCUGUCCUCCCCUUUGUAAUUACCUCUCCCUUCCUCUCUCUGACUCUCCCUCCCCUCCUCUCUGACUCUCCCUCCCCUCCUCUCUGACUCUCCCUCCCCUCCUCUCUGACUCUCUCUCCCCUCCUCUCUGACUCUCCCUCCCCUCCUCUAUCCCUUUCUUUCUCUCUCUCUUUCUGUGGGUGUUUCUACUCCAGCGGUGACUCCCGGGCCUGGUCUGGGCCCCAUCCCCAUGUCCCAGUUCGGCACCAUCUCAAGGCAGAUCUCGCGGCACAACUCCACCACCUCCUCGGUCUCCAUGGUUUCGGCCACGGGCACCUACCGCCGGGCGCCGUCCGUCACCUCCCAGUUCUCCCUGCAGCAGCAGCAGGCCCUACAGCUUCAACAACAGCAGCAGAUACAGCAGCCGUACAUUAACGGGGGCACCCCCGCCUACCCCCACAACUCAAGUAAGAUGCUCACGUCCCCCCCCACCAACACCCGUCUAUUAGACGGGAGAUGGAUAGUUUCCCCCAUGAACUCCUAGCAAAGGGGAGAUACACUAUAUCACUCUCUUAGAACAGGGUUCACUCCCCACUGUUGAGUUCUGCAAUUCUCACUGGGUGCCACAGAAGCUGAUUACAUCACUGUGACUACAUCAGUAUGUCACCUAGCAUGUCCCUCUGGUACACAAAUACUACAUGUACACAGGAAAUGGAAACGAUCAGAUGUCUGUGUCGUCCACGUUCUAAACUGUGAUAAGCUUUGCAGGCCAGCGUUGUUGGGUUUGUUGUUAAAUGCCGGCGGUGGUGACGGUUACUUUGUCCUGAAGGGUAGUUUCUUCAAAGCAGUAGUAUUAACUUGCCUCCUGUCUCAAAGUGCAGGUUAACGUAUGUAUUUCUCUCUGGUGAACGUCUUGUGCAUUGACGAAGAAUGCUUUCUUGUCCUCGGAUUUUCCAGCUGAUACAAUCCAGGCAAUCGAUAUACAGUGGCUUGCGAAAGUAUUCACCCCCCUUGGCAUUUUUCCUAUUUUGUUGCCUUACAACCUGGAAUUAAAAUUGAUUUUUGGGGGGGUUUGUGUCAUUUGAUUUACACAACAUGCCUACCACUUUGAAGAUGCAAAAUAUUUUCUUGUGAAACAAACAAGAAAGAAGACAAAAAAACAGAACUUCAGCAUGCAUAACUAUUCACCACCUUUUGCAGCAAUUACAGCUGCAAGUCUCUUGGGGUAUGUCUCUAUAAGCUUGGCACAUCUAGCCACUGGGAUUUUUGCCCAUUCUUCAAGGCAAAACUGCUCCAGCUCCUUCAAGUUGGAUGGGUUCCGCUGGUGUACAGCAAUCUUAAAGUCAUACCACAGAUUCUCAAUUGGAUUGAGGUCUGGGCUUUGACUAGGCCAUUCCAAGACAUUUAAAUGUUUCCCCUUGAACCACUCGUUUGUUGCUUUAGAAGUAUGCUUAGUGUAAUUGUCCUGCUGGAAGGUGAACCUCCGUCCCAGUCUCAAAUCUCUGAAAGACUGAAACAGGUUUCCCUCAAGAAUUUCCCUGUAUUUACCGCCAUCCAUCAUUCCUUCAAUUCUGACCAGUUUCCCAGUCCCUGCCGAUGAAAAACAUCCCCACAGCAUGAUGCUGCCACCACCAUGCUCCACUGUGGGGAUGGUGUUCUCGGGGUGAUGAGAGGUGUUGGGUUUGCGCCAGACAUAGCGUUUUCCUUGAUGGCCAAAAAGCUCAAUUUUAGUCUCAUCUGACCAGAGUACCUUCUUCCAUAUGUUUGGGGAGUCUCCCACAUGCCUUUUGGCAAACACCAAACGUGUUUGCUUAUUUUUUUCUUUAAGCAAUGGCUUUUUUCUGCCCACUCUUCCGUAAAGCCCAGCUCUGUGGAGUGUACAGCUUAAAGUGGUCCUAUGGACAGAUACUCCAUUCUCCGCUGUGGAGCUUUGCAGCUCCUUCAGGUAUCUUUGGACUCUUUGUUGCCUCUCUGAUUAAUGCCCUCCUUGCCUGGUCCGUGAGUUUUGGUGAGCGGCCCUCUCUUGGCAGGUUUGUUGUGGUGCCAUAUUCUUUCCAUUUUUUAAUAAUGGCUUUAAUGGUGCUCCGUGGGAUGUUCAAAGUUUCGUAUAUUUUUUUUAUAACCCAACCCUGAUCUGUACUUCUCCACAACUUUGUCCCUGACCUGUUUGGAGAGCUCCUUGGUCUUCAUGGUGCCGCUUGCUUGGUGGUGCCCCUUGCUUAGUGGUGUUGCAGACUCUGGGGCCUUUCAGAACAGGUGUAUAUAUACUGAGAUAAUGUGACAGAUCAUGUGACACUUAGAUUGCACACAGGUGGACUUUAUUUAACUAAUUAUGUGACUUCUGAAGGUAAUUGGUUGCACCAGAUCUUAUUUAGGGGCUUCAUAGUAAAGGGGGUGAAUACAUAUGCACGCACCACUUUUCCGUUAUUUAUUUAGUAUAAUCUUUUGAAACAUGUAAUUUUUUUCACUUCACCAAUUUGGACUAUUUUGUGUAUGUCCAUUACAUUAAAUCCAAAUAAGAAUCCAUUUAAAUUACAGGUUGUAAUGCAACAAAAUAGGAAAAACGCCAAGGGGGAUGAAUACGUUUGCAAGGCACUGUAUGCAAGGACUGCAGAGUCGCUGCUUUUUGGUCUCCGUUUAAGUACGAUCUGAAGUUUUCUUAAAUCACAAUUUCUUAGUGUUUUCACAACUGUUUUAAUAUAUUUUCCCUUUCUCCCCAUUUCCCAAAAUGUACUAGCCAGCUUCCACAAGGUGACUCCAGCUCAAGGUGUCCAUUCAGCACAGUGUUUAUUUUUAGUCAUGUCCUGUACCCUUCAACACGAACUCAAGUGGGACGACACACACACACAGGCUUGGUGAUGUGCAGGCGUACUGAACUCAAUAAUGUCAUUAAGUCCUGGAAAAGCUAAAAGGAUUUAGAAUAAAAUGUGAGAAACUCAAGCCGGCAGCAGCCACCUGUGCUGUUUUGAAUUGAGAUUCGACUCCUCUCUCUCAUUCACUUGCCCUGUAAAAGACCGGCUGGCGUUAAAUCUUCCUAUCACAAUGUUAACAGGCAUCACAGUGUGCAGAGGUUUGUCAUUUGGAUGGUAAGAUCCGUCAGCACUAAGAGGACACGGGUUGUGUCCCAAGUGGCUCCCUAUUCCCCAUAGGACUCUGGUCAAAAGUAGUGCACUUUAUAGGGAAUAGGUUGUCAUUUGGGAUGCACCCACAUAAUAUAGGAGGAGGAAGACAGUGACAUCAUGAACCAGUGGCUGUUCCAUAGCAUGACCUCAUGCAGCUGUCAAUGAGACACUUCUCCAAGCAUAUGGGUGGAGUGUAUGGAGGUGGCAUCACAUGCUUGGUUCAGUAAAGAUCAUGACUUGGGCAUGGGGUUGACCUCAAAAGCCUAUAGAUCAAGAGCAAGCUUAAACCACCAUUAUCAGUAGCCUAUUUGGGAUGGCAUUGAAUGAUUUUAAUAUUGCCCCAAUCAUGUCAAAAAUGUCAUAACAUUCUUAUUUGAUUUCAGACAGAAACAUCAAACUGUCACAAGAUAAAUGUAGGCAGUGUGGACAUUUGCAACAUGCUAAACACACACACACACUCUCUCUCUUCCACCUGAACUGCGUCCAAAAUGGCACCCAAUUCCUUAUAAACUGAUGUGACGAGUGCGUUGUCCCUGACGCUGACCUCUAAGGUUUACAGGUUAUUUUAAGAUGGUGGCACUCUUCACGCCACUGUUUGUGAAUGUAACUCGGUUCAUUGAGAGCCAGGGUUAUUAGGGUUGCACACAGCACCUCUCUCUGGACGUGUGCCGACGCUACAAUCAUCUCAUUCAGAUUGUGAUUAGGAGCAGGAAAUAGCAACAACAAUCAAACCUAAUCCCUUUUUAAUCCCUCAAUCUGUACCACCACUGAAUACCUGGGGAGAUCUGGACUCAGUCUCUGGACUAAAAACCCCAAGCAUAGACUCUGUUUCUAUGCUUUGUCUCUUAGUACACAUAUUACACACAUUUCCUUGUAGAAGUGCACAAAACUCAUGACUAACCUUGCAACGUGCGUGUCUCUUAAUUCUUGCAAUGAUAGUAUUGACUUGGGUUGGGGUACUCUGUCUGUUUCACUUAAUAUUUAGGAUAGCAUUGACUUGGGUUGGGGUACUAUGUCUGUUUCACUUAAUAUUUAGGAUUGCAUUCACUUGGGUUGGGGUACUCUGUCUGUUUCACUUAAUAUUUAGGAUAGCAUUGACUUGGGUUGGGGUACUAUGUCUGUUUCACUUAAUAUUUAGGAUUGCAUUCACUUGGGUUGGGGUACUAUGUCUGUUUCACUUAAUAUUUAGGAUUGCAUUCACUUGGGUUGGGGUACUAUGUCUGUUUCACUUAAUAUUUAGGAUUGCAUUCACUUGGGUUGGGGUACUAUGUCUGUUUCACUUAAUAUUUAGGAUUGCAUUCACUUGGGUUGGGGUACUAUGUCUGUUUCACUUAAUAUUUAGGAUUGCAUUCACUUGGGUUGGGGUACUAUGUCUGUUUCACUUAAUAUUUAGGAUUGCAUUCACUUGGGUUGGGGUACUAUGUCUGUUUCACUUAAUAUUUAGGAUUGCAUUCACUUGGGUUGGGGUACUAUGUCUGUUUCACUUAAUAUUUAGGAUUGCAUUCACUUGGGUUGGGGUACUAUGUCUGUUUCACUUAAUAUUUAGGAUUGCAUUCACUUGGGUUGGGGUACUAUGUCUGUUUCACUUAAUAUUUAGGAUUGCAUUGACUUGGGUUGGGGUACUAUGUCUGUUUCACUUAAUAUUUAGGAUUGCAUUGACUUGGGUUGGGGUAUUCUGUCUGUUCUGGGUGACUGAUAUCUGUACUCCUCUUUGUCCUCUCUGUCUACUUUAUAUCCUUGCUUUCUCUAUUUUGUUUUGUGUGUGUGUGGCGGCUUCCAGUGUCUAUUGCUCCACCUCCUCCCCCCAUGCCCCAGCUGACUCCACAGAUACCUCUGACAGGCUUUGUGGCCAGGGUGCAGGAGAACAGUAAGUCCUGAGGCCCAACACACGCUCUCCUUUUCCCCCUAGAUCUAGAACGCCUCCAUAGAUCUAGAACACCCACAUAGAGCUAGAACACCUCCAUACAUCUAGAACUAGAUGUAGAACAUCUCCAUAGAUCUAGAACUAGAUGUAGAACAUCUCCAUAGAUCUAGAACUAGAUGUAGAACAUCUCCAUAGAUCUAGAACUAGAUGUAGAACACCUCCGUAGAUCUAGAACACCUCCGUAGAACUAGAUGUAGAACAUCUCCAUAGAUCUAGAACUUGAUGUAGAACACCUCCAUACAUCUAGAACUAGAUGUAGAACAUCUCCAUAGAUCUAGAACUAGAUCUAGAACUAGAUGUAGAACAUCUCCAUAGAUCUAGAACUAGAUGUAGAACACUUCCGUAGAACAUCUCCAUAGAUUUAGAACUUGAUGUAGAACACCUCCGUAGAUCUAGAACUAGAUGUAGAACACCUCUAUCUGUCAAUCACACGCAGCAUGCCUUGUGCCUGUUCACUCAUCUAUCUGUUUGUCUGUCUUAUGCUGGACACUAAACAUCCUUAAUAUCAUCAUCCUCAUUUAUUGUCUGUGUUAAUAAGUAGUGAUCUCAGACAGACACAUGCUUAUUGCCAUUGGCACCCAUUGCUUUCUUCAGUGCUCCAUUCCAGGAUUAUUCAGGAAAAUGUACAAUGGAAUUGGCAGCUGAAAUGGUAUUUCCACAAAGUCCCAUGUGUGAGAUAAGGCAUAUGUUAAGUAUAAUUUCACUAAGAAAUGCACUGUAUGAGCGGAAGGACUAAACGUAUGCACAUUUAUUGUGCGUGUGAUCAACAGAGAAAUAGUGUGCAUGCUUUUAUGUAACGCUAAAGAAGCUUAGCCUGCUAUUGUUAGACAGAUUUAUGUCUGUGUUAAACAGAUUUAUGUUACUGUCAGAAUUGAAAUACCACAAUUUUAUUGGUGUUUCUUAAGAGUAUGACGGCUUUAAAAUUUGAUUUGUUUUGAAAUCACAGAAAAGCACUUUUCCCUGUAAAUCAUAAUACAUUUCCUUGGACUUGGGGUCAUAAAAUGGAGCAGGGUUGGCACUCUGGAACAUGACUGAUAGGAGGACAGGGUUCUCUGCUGCCCUCUAUUGAAAGUAGUUGCAGCUCAGUGUGUGUGGGUAUAGUACUGCAUCCCUCUAAGAUAGUCACAAGUAAUCCUGCAACUUCUUUGUCGUGCUAACUGAGAUGAAUAAUUCAUGAUAUUUUACAACAAACACAAAAAGAGAAUUCAAAUGUUGUGGGAAGAUGAUGGAAAUAGAAUGUCCAAACAAGUUUACAUUACAUGCAGCAUUGCCUUAGUGGCAAAGAACACUUGUAACCAAAUUACAUUUCUUAACAAGUGACUUGAACAAGUGACCUGGAGGAACAAAAUAAGCAUGCCAACAACUCGCUGUCAUGCAUUUGGUCGUUGACCGACUAACCAUCGGUGUCUGGCAUAUACACACCCCUGCAUGUUGCUCUGCCACGAUUGCAUGGUUUUGCAUGGUUUUUCUGUACAGUUGGGCUUGGUUGCAUGUGCAGCCCACAUUUAAUGUACUGUUUCCUUCCUCCCAGUUUCAGGCAGCGUUCCUAAUCUAAUUUCUCUCCCCCUCCUCUACUGCCGUUUGGCAGUUGCGGACACACCUACUCCGCCUCCCCCUCCUCCGCCGGAUGACCUGCCCAUGUUUGAUGAGGCUCCUCCCCCUCCUCCACCCCCGCCAGUUGACUACGAGGAGGAAGAGGAAGCAGCUGUGGUGCACUACAGCGACCCUUAUGCUGACGGAGACCCCCAGUGGGCACCCAAGAGCUACAUAGAGAAAGGUGUGCCUCAGGGCUUAAUACCGAUACCACUCUACUUCACUGAAUGCUGCUCUUCUUCUUCUUCUCCCUCCCUACCAUACCCUUCACAUUUAUGUAAUCUACACUGCACUAUUCAACUACUUAAGCACUUUCAUGCUUAAUAGGUUCAAAGGGCAAACCCUUUCUAGAAUAGGGAGAAUCUCAAUUGCAUUUAGCGUCUGCCAUUUAGCGUCUGCUAAAUGGCUUAUUAUUAUUAUUAUUAUUAUUAUUAUUAUUAUUAUUAUUGAUUCCUCACCUUGUUCUCAAAACCCAUUGGAUGAGAACGUCAGAGGGGCGGGACCUCUGACCACCUCAUCCAAUGGGUUUUGAGAAGGAGAGAGGACGUGAGGAAUUAAGGGAAUGCAAUCGAGAUUUCCCCUCACUGAUGUUUUCCCCUCUUUCCUCCUCAGUGGUUGCCAUCUACGACUACACGGCGGAUAAAGACGAUGAGCUGAGCUUCAUGGAGGGAGCCAUCAUUUACAUAAUCAAGAAGAACGAUGAUGGCUGGUUCGAGGGCCUAAGCAGCGGAGUCACAGGCCUGUUCCCUGGCAACUACGUAGAGUCCAUCAUGCACUAUGCCGACUGA